CUCUUCACUCAGUCACCUCUUUCACGCCUUAAAUUCUCUCUCUCGCGAAACAUCUCCUUCAGUUGCCACACGCAAAUCAGAAGAUGCAUCUCAACCUCAGAGAUAAAACCGUUGUCGUAACCGGCGGAACCAAGGGUAUUGGCCGCGCGAUUGUCGAAGGCUUCCUGGACGAAGGAUCCCGCGUCUACUUCUGCUGUAGAACAGGAGCGGAUAUCAGCGCGGCCACCUCAUCCUUCGUCACCAAGUACCCAUACACAUUCAUCUCCGGCUCCGCGAUCGACGUCUCCAAACCCUCUGACGUCUCGGCGUGGAUUUCUAGAAUCGUGGAGUAUGAGAAGAAAAUCGACGUGGUCGUCUCCAACGUUUCAUCGAUAAGUGUGACGAAUACGCCCGAAGCUUGGGAAACGGCGUACGGCACGGAUAUGAGAGGCACAGUCUCAUUAGUCCAAGCUGCACUACCCCAUCUUGAAGCCUCAAAGGGGAGUAUCAUCACAAUUUCAAGUGUUUCGGGAAGAGACAUUGACUUCACAGCUCCUUCACCGUACGGAGCAUUCAAAGCCGCCUUGAUACAUUAUACAGCACAGCUCGCUCACACGUUAGCCCCCAAAAGUGUGAGAGCCAACACCGUCAGCCCUGGAAAUAUCUAUGUUGAAGACGGCGUAUGGGGCGGCAUCGAAAAAUCCAACCACGCCCUCUUCAGCUCGCAGAUGGCCAAGAAUCCCAUGGGAAGGAUGGGCAAACCCGAAGAGAUUGCAGCUGCGGUGCUUUUUCUGGCAAGCGAGCGAGCAAGCUUUAUCAGCGGAGCGAAUCUUGUGGUUGAUGGGAGUUUGUGUACUGGCGUGCAGUUCUAGGGUUCUUGUUGUCAUAGAAGCGAAGUGGACUGCGGGUUUUAUACAAACUAGCACAACCCGUCUUCUGCGGGAGCGGAAGUUCUCCAGUACUUUACUUCCAACUCGUCGAACGGAACCAGUAGCUCAAGCACCGCCGCACGCUUGGCAACGUUCCUUCGAUCCCCG